GCGAGAGUGGGUGUGUUUAACGGGGGGUUGGGGCUUCAUUCAUAAAUACAAAAAAAGAUUUAAAAGCCCAAAUUAAAGAGAAGACCGGGGAACCGUUCGCGAGCGCUUUGUCCCAUGGACCGCUUGAAUUAUAGUUAGGGGGGACGCUCUCUCUGGCCUGGACCAUGAGCAAUGAGUCUGCCAUAUGGACAAACCAGAACAGAACUUACACCACCGACGUCCCGCUGUCAUCAGGGACACAGAAUGGCUAUGUCCUCCUGCUGGUCCUCUUGUCCAUCUUUGUCGGGGGGACACUCGUCCUGCUCUCUGUCCUUCUGAUUGUCUGUCGCCGUUGUUGUGAAGGGGACAGACGCCAUGCCUGGGCUAGCGAUGACACCGAGAAAAGUAAUACCACCUAUAUCGAGGAGGCCCAGCCAGUGCACGAGAUUACGAUUCGCGUCGAUGAGUCAGAUUGCCUGUCGGCAGCCAGCUCCCACGACAUGGAGACAGAGCGUUUCCUCUCCACGGGCACAACCGGCCGCCGGGUCUCCUUCAACGAAGCAGCGCUCUUCGAUCACAGCAAGAAAACACAGGAGAAAGGUCGAAGGUACACACUUACUGAGGGCGACUUCCAUCACUUGAAGAACGCGAGGCUCACCCACCUCCACCUGCCUCCACCCGCCCUCCAGAUACUCACCAUCCACGAGUGUGAGUCAUCAGAGAACAGUAUUGCCAUGACAACGCGCCCCGUCGCUAAAUCCAGCCUCUCGAUUUUUCAGCCACCGGUAUUUUCACUGCCCCAGACUGCCCUGACCAGCCGGAGUCUCAGUCCCAGCUCUGCCCUUCCUGGCGACGCUCUCAAUUCCACUGUGGACACCUCGUUCUGUGAGAGCAUCACAGCGGCUGGUCCCGAGCCGUCCAGCCCGUGUCUAAUAGAGGUCAGAGGAGGAGUCGGGAGAAGCACUGGCAUCAUGGGUAACGGUAGAGAGGGUGCUUCGGCCUCAUCCACGGCCCUGUCCUCCUCUGGUGGGGCCCCGCAGGGUCCAAUGCAGCAGUUCUUUACCAAGCUCCGUCGACACGCCAGCCUGGAGGGAGCGAGUCCCUACUUCAAGAUCAAGAAGUGGAAGUUCGACAGCAGCCAGAGAGCUUCAAGUCUAGACAUGAGAGGUUCCCCCAAGCGGAGGCAGUUCCAGCGGCAGCGUGCAGCCAGCGAGAGUAUGGACCAGGAGGAGCAUGACAGCCAUCACAUCGACCUCAUCCAGUACAUCGCUCGCACCAAGGACGUCACCUACUGCCCCACUCGACCUAGUCCACGUCUUCUACCCCCUUCCACACCCCCACCCUCCCUCGGCAGGUUAGAGGUGGAGGUGAUGGUGGAGCCCAGCUGCAGUAGAGCGAUGGGUCCCGGGGUGAUCGGCCUCACCUCCGAGCCCCCGGAAGAGAGUCUUGGAAUGGGCUACCAUCAGGAGAGUUUAGAACCUCAGACGUUGUACCGUGAUAUCUGGACUCUUCGAGCCUCUCUCGAGCGGUAUGUCUCGUCCGACCAGAGCAGCAACAAUGACAAAGACUCCGUCCGUAGUGACGCAGACAGCGUGUGUUCUUUAGGGGGUAAAACCGAGAUGGGAGGGCUGCCUAGGUACCCCUCACAGGAUAUUGGGGAUGAGAUGGAGGGUGAUGCGGACUUGCCUCUAGAUGAGGGAUCGGAGAAAGGUCGCAAACAGGAUAGCAUGGAUUCUGAAAGGGGAAGUGACGGGGAGCCAGGAAACCGCAAGCUGCUCCAAAUGGACAGCGGUUAUGCCUCGAUAGAAGCACCUUCACGUGCUCCCGAGGAGUUGCGACUGUUUGGGAGUAGCAGUAGCAGUAAGGACGGCUCUGCCGUGGAGCGCAGGCACUUCUUCAGUUCUGGUCGCAAAGGGACCGUGUGCGAGAGUUUCGACACGGACAUCUUCGAUGAAGAACUUGAAGAGGAACCCGCGGGUGCCAGUGGAGGUGUGGACGGAGUGGAAACAGACAAGAGCACCAUGCUGUGGUCCCCCUAUGGCCAGAUGUUCACUCAACACGAAGCUCAACCUCAUCCCCCCAUCCUUUCCCGCCGUGACUACAGCAUUGAUGAGAAAACUGAUGCACUUUUCCACGAGUUCUUGCGGCACGACCCCCAGUUCGAUCAGCAGGAGUCUCCGCUGCGCUCCAAACAUCGUUCCCGCGUGCACCUGCGUAAGCAGUGGCAGCGCUCCAAACAGUACAGUGACCCCGGCCAGCGCUUCCAAUCCUCUUUUGACCGGUACCGCACUCCACUUCGACGCGGUGAAACUGUCAACUACCCUCUAGAGACUAGCUACCACAGCACGCUCCCACGAAUCAUUAGUGCACCUGAUGAAGAGGGCAGCGAAGGUGCAACCAGUACUCCCGAGACACCCAAAGCAGAUCAGGAUACUGCUACCGAUGUCGACCCCGACAAGAUAAGAAUAUCUUCCAGCACUGAAAGCAGUGGAACCCUCAACGAAAAGGAAGCCCUCGAGGCAUCGCAACCCCCUCCGAUGACUGACGUUGCUGGAGAGCAAUCGGUGGGCCGUGAGAACUCUAGGCAAACAUUGCCACCACCUGAGCCUCCUGAUGAACAUACACCAGAAUGUACAAGCUAUGGUCCACAGACAAUCACAGAAGAGCUGAGCGACAAACUUGCGGCAACCCUCGAAGAGCGGCUGUACUCAGAUCUCCGCAGGACCAGGGAACCCCCCGAGUGUAGUGCAGUUACUGUGACCUACACAUCGCCUGAUCACAGUCCAGUGUAGCAUGUGGCUCCUUUCAUCUCCUCGUGCAAGAACACUUCAGUGGCAACUACACGUCCAAAGUUUUGAUCGACAUCGACUCCAAUCUGGAACAGGUUUGCUUUGGUCAUUUAAAUGGCCUUGAAAUCAUUCUCGUUAUGUCCUAAACCAGUGGUGUAGAGACAUUUCUUCCAUGCUCAGUGUUAUAUAAAUGGCAAUUAAGGCUCAUACCUCAUGUUGCUCAACGCACCAAGUCUUAAACAAAUUAAAUGUCAAAGUCUGUUAUUAUAGCUUUCCAUUUAGCUACUUGUUGACUUCAAAAGCCAAUAUUUUCUCUGCACUAGGUAAUCCACUGUGAAAUUGGGUGCUAUUAGAAUAAAGAUUGAUUAUAUUUGUAAUUGCAUGAAUUAUAUUGCAAUGCUGCCUAUCCGGAUGUCUGUUCAUGACCCAAAUCAAUAUUGUUUUAUUUUACUUGUUUUUAAAUGUACAAGCUAGCCCUCCAUUCGGUUAUUACGUUUUGUUUCUGAAAUUGUAAAAUACUCAAUACUGCUUAUUAUUAGCAUUUGGGAUUUUGUUGUGUGGUUGAACCUGCUUUCAGAUUUUAGCAAAAAAUGCUACAAAUUAUAAAUCAUAAUUGGAAUAACUUGUAAUCUCCUUGUAUGGGUAGACAUGUCUAAUAAUGUCACAUAACCUGUAUUUAAAAAACAACUGCAUAUCCGAAUCACCAUGACACUGGGUCAGUUCCUAAGCAAACACAAGUCCCAUUUUAAAUUCACAGUGUUUAUAGUUUGAGUUAAAUAAAAUGGGAUUAGCUGCACAUCACUAGCCGUGUUAGCUUGUUUCCCACCGACACGUUUUCAAUCCAUUAUUAAGUGUCCUUGUCAUUUAAUAGUGUUAAUUUACCAUUGACGUAAUGAAUGGCUAAAACUGCCUCUUUGUGAGAUACUGUAAUUUUAGGACCAUUUAAUUAAUGUGCUUUUCAUCUUUUAAGUGUAUCAUUGUAAGUGUAUUGUUGAUCAUAUCUGCAAGAAUGAGUAAAGGAGUAUACAGUGCCAAACUGUUGUCAGGUAAUAACGAGAUAAAUCACGAAAACACUAUAAGCAACAGUUUGGUCCAGCAAAACAAUGCUCACAGAUAUGCCUCUCUCUAAGGGUUUCGAUCAGGCCUGAGACAUUUUUAUGAAUUUCAUUGUGAGAAGGGCAUGCCUUUUCUUGCAUGUAUUUCACUAAAUGAGCUCUGUGUGUUCGUUAGCGAUUUUUUUUUAAACGUGAAAAUUACCAAGACAAGAAUCCCUAGAGGUGGACGACUGCACAUGCUGCCUUUGAACAGAAGCGUUAUUUAAAAUCAUUUAAAGCAAAUCCCACUGCCCAGCAUAAGAAACUUUUGAAUCUCGGCGUCAAAUGGCACCAUUCAUGCUAAUCUUAAUAAUUCCAGUAAAACGAGAUUCUAGUAUUCCUGCUCACAUAAUGGGUCGCAUUCUGUAUUGAUCUUUUUGGAAGCAUGCAAACAAAAGGUUGUCCUUGGCAGAUUCUCAACUGUGAUAUGCUGAAAAGUCUAUCUUUGUGAAAUCUGGGCGAAAAGGCCAUUGGUGGUAGAAGGUCUUGAUGGAAUGAAGGGCCUUGUCUAUGAGGGCUCACAUUGUUUUGUGGCCUUUUAGGGUGAUUGUUUGAGCUGUCGAGUAGUUGUCUAAAAGCUACAUGUACUAUUUAGGGUGCGUCUGAAGUGGCCUGUCCAGAUUUCAAAGGCUUUCAUUAUCUAGGUGAACAAUGACUGAUGCAUGGAGUAAUUAACAACGUUGAGAAAAGAGAGCUUCAGACUAGCUCAUAUUGCUGAUUGAUUGUUUCUGGCUAAAUGAAACGUACUGACCAUCUCACAUGAUUAAUACGGUGCCUUUCUGUGUGUUUAACAUUUAAUGGGAUAGUUCACCAAAAAAAAAGUCCAUGGAGUGAAAUUCUGUGGGGUCCAAUCAUUGUUGUUUGGAAACCAUUGACUUUCACAGCAUGCGCGGAAAUUGUUAUAACAUUAUCAGUUAUUCAACAAACAUUAUUCAAAAUAUCUUCUUUUGUGUUCAACACAUGAAAGGCAGUCACACAUGAUUGGAAUUAUGUGAAGGUGCACAAAUGAUGCCAGAAUUUCCUUUUUGUAAUGAACCGUAACAUUAAGUAAGCAACUGUUAUGGCCAGAUCUCUGCAGAGCACUUAUUUCUUAUCUCCUAGUUUGUACAUAAUUGAAUAGGCCAAAUUACCGUACAGAGGUUAUUAAAACAGGAAACAAACAAAAAGCUGUUAUUGCAUUGCAUAAAUAGAAACCUGAAAUGCGGUACUUGCAUUGCAUCGUCAAAUACAUGUACACGUGUCUUGCCGAUUACAAAUCCGGUUUUUGGUUUUGAUUAACUGUAAUCCAUAACAUGUCAGGGACAGCGAAAUCUGUACAAAGGAAAGUGGAAUUGUAUAUAAGCACAAUGAGGUCCCAGUGCAGGCACUAGAAUAGUCUAUGUCUUGGAUUUGACAUAAAACUAGUUGGGACCUUUUGGUGAUACAGUACGUGCACAAUCAAAUAGCCUGUCAGUUGAUGGAUUACUGUGUAUAGAUUUGCAUGUGAUGACAAACUAUUGUUUAGCAGAUCCAAAACGAAGCACCAAAUGACAGAUAUUUUUUGUGUGACUCUGAGAAUGAAAACAAGUAGACUUGGUACUAAAAUAUUGUAAAGUAUUUUGAGGAGUCUGUUAUUUUAGAAAUUCUGCUUUGCUGACUUGAUGAGAUUUUUUGCCAUAUUUCCAUGGACAAAAAGGAUUAUUUCUAUUGCCGACUAUAUUUCGAUGAAAGAGAAAAUAUAUUUAUGUGCAAAUUUCCAUGUAGAAAAGAAAAAAAUCUGUAAAAUUCUGCUUGACUAAUUACUCAGUCAAAAAAAAAAAAAUACAAAUAAAUAAAUAACUAAAUAAAAAGAGAAAGUGAGGCGUGCUUUCUGAACGUUUGUUUGUUUACCUGGAUCUCUUUGUUCUAGAUCUACUGAGCCUUGAGGGACCAACCAAUCUUAACAUUUAUUUUCAUGUUAUGUUUUUCCAACUAGUCAAUAAAGAACAAUGCAUUAUGA